AUGGGUAAACCUAAGAUCACAUCCUGGGAGAAGAUGAAGAAAAAUAUGAGGGUUGCCUUUCUGCCUUAUAACUUUCACCAAAUCAUGUACCAACGCCUGCAGAACCUAAGGCAGGGCAGUAGGUCGGUGGACGAUUACACCAACGAGUUCUAUCAGUUGGUUGCUCGUAACGAGUUUCAGGAAACCGAGGAUCAGCUGGUGGCGAGAUAUAUUGGCGGGCUGAGAGUGCAGCUACAGGACACGGUCAAUUUGUUCGACCUUGUUAGCAUGUCUUCUGCCCAUCAAAGGGCCCUGAUUUUCGAAAGACAGCAGAAGCGAGUGAGUAGCGGGGUGACAAGUGGAGGUGUUUCCGUUGGAGGAACGGUGGGGUUGUCUGAGCUGGCGGUGGUAGUGCUAUUCUUGGAUGUCCGACGAGGCCUGCCAACAUUGGGCCGAGCGGUAUCGGGCCAAAAUGCUUCAAGUGUGGAGAGCCCGGACAUCGUUUUUAUAGAGGGCGGCGGUGAAGAACCCGAGUUCGACGAGGAGGAGGAGAUUGUGAUAGGGGAUGGGGUGCCCAACCUGGUGGUGAGGAGGUCUUGUAUGACUCUGAGAGCUGCGGACGAAGACUGGCUGCCCGUGCAGAAGUUGGGCCUGCGAACUGAGCCACAUCUCAAAUCGUAUAAGCUGGCAUGGCUAAAGAAAGGUGGUGAAGAGGAGUUGCAUGAGGCAGAGUUUAUAUUUGUUCUCGUGGGCAGGGAGGUUGUGGAGGAGGGCCUUACGACAUCCAACACCAUUCAGCCCGGUGCGUCCCUUCCAAACAGACCACACUACAAGAUGAGCCCGGCUGAGCAUGAGGAGUUGAGGAGACAGGUGGAGGAGCUAGUAUCAAAGGGGUUCAUUUGGGAGAGUAUAAGCCCGUGUGCCGUCCCGGCGGCUUCUAGUGCCCAAGAAGGAUGGAUCCUGGCGUGCGUGGUCGUGUAUUUUGAUGACAUCUUGAUCUAUAGCACCAACCCCGAGCAGCAUCUGACCCGCUUGUGCGAAGUACUCUCUGUCAUUCGAUGCGAAAAACUCUAUGCUGCAUUGAAGAAGUGUGUUUUUAUGAGGUCGGAAGUUCUUUUUCUUGGUUAUGUUGUUUCUGCUGACGAGUUGAGAGUUGAUUCGUCCAAGGUCGAGGGCGGCAGAUUCGAGUGGACUGAGGGUGCAGAAGCUGCAUUCUUGAAGAUUAAGGAGCGUUUGACAACCGCCCCAAUUCUUGUCCUGCCUGAUUUUCAGCAGCCCUUUGAGCUGCAUUCUGAUGCAUCGAAGCUCCACAGCCAAGAUAAGGUGUCAGCCCAUCAUGCAUCAUGGGUGGCUUACCUGGAGCGUUUUACUUUCGUGGUCAAGUACGCUAAUCGUGUUGCUAAUGCUCUUAGUGGAAGGCGUAGCGUUCUGAGUAGGAUGACAGUUGAGGUACCUGGUUUUAAUUCUUUUGCUGAGUUGCUUAAGGUCGACCUCGAUUUUUAUGUCGCACUUGCUAGAGUUCGAACUGGAGAGAGAACGGAGUACGUGUUGCAUGAUGGUUUUCUUUUCAUGGGUAAUCAGCUCUGUAUCCCUGACUGUAGUUUGAGGAUCCACAUUAUUCAGCAACUACACGGCGAGGGUCAUGUGGGGAGAGAUAGGACUUUGCAGCUGGUCCAGACAUCGUAUUUCUGGUCUACGAUUUGUAAAGAAGUUGAGAAGUACGUGCAUCGCUAUAAGGUUUGUCAAGUGUCUAAGGGUACUGCAACUAAUGCGGGGUUGUACAUGCCUCUGUCGAUUCCAGCGCAGCCAUGGGUGGAUAUCAGUAUGGAUUUCGUCCUCGGCUUGCCUCGCACUCAGCGAGGCAAUGAUUCUGUAUAUGUGGUCAUUGACAGGUUUUCCAAGAUGACACACUUUAUUCCGUGCAAGAAGACCACUGAUACUAUGCGAGUUGCUCAGUUGUAUUUUCGGGAGGGACACUUGUUUUCUGAGCCAUUUCUGGCGGAGCCUCUAGAAGAUGAUGAACACUCAACUGAACUUCAGUACGACUUAUCACCCGCAGACAUAUGGGUGGUGUACUUCGUUACUCCCAGAGGUCCCCUUGAUCUGUUACCCGCGUCGGAUAAGACCAGGGUCCAUGAAAAGGCAGCUGACUUCGUUCAUGGGUUGCAAGAGAUUCAUGAGACGGUGCAGCAUAAUCUGGAAAAGGCUGCCAUGAAAUACAAGACUGUUGCUGAUCGAAAGAGAAGGCACGUGAAGUUUAAAGUUGACGAUUUUGUUUGGGCUGUCCUUACCAAUGAUCGAUUUUCUGCUAAUGACUACCACAAGAUCGCUGCUAGAAAGAUUGGUGAUAGCUCAGACUAUGAUGAUUUGAAGGCGAAUUAUCUCCACCCAGGGGAGAAUGAUGCGGCAGAUGACGUGACAAAUCGGUACCUGGAGAAAAACAUAUAA